UGUUUAACUCAUCAUAGAAGGCUUUACAGUUAAGUAAAAGCAUGACAUGGCCCUGUUUCCUUAAAAAAAGAAGCAUGACAUGGCAUGACCUCCUUCCCAGCCUUAGAUAGGGCCGAUGCUAUAGGCCUAGUCGAGAAGACCGUGGGCCCUCCUGGGAAGGUUUCUCGGGCCGGCGGCCUAGCGACCAGAAACGAAACUGUGGGCUGUGGCUGCAGGCGUCCGGUUUCGCGGUCGCGCCAAGCGGGUCCUGCUCCCUGCAGCCAGUCGGACACGAACGAGCGAAGCAAUGGCGUCAACGGGGAGUCAAGACUCGACAUGCUCCCUGUGGAGCCGAGACGACCUCAAUCAAAAGCACUAGCGGAAUACUCCGUGGAACUUGCAGGCUCUAAUCCGCAGGCAUUUCCUCUUCAGAAUGAGCUGUUCUUUUAGAUGGCAUCGGCCGAUUUCACUCUCCACUCUCUGACGCCAAGUGCGGAGUUGACAAACGAAACCCAAAUCAGCGUCAACAUGGGGUCAAGAACUCAAGAUCGAUGGAGCUAGAACUUCACCCCCGCGUGGAGUCGACAUCAAACGCGCACGGAUCCGCGUGAAGCUCCAGGGUCCAGACACCGGCACACCGCCAAGCAACUCUGGCAUCUUAGCUCAGCUCAGAAAGAAGAACCUUCCUCUUCAGAUCGAUCGUUUCUUCUUUCACAUAGCGUCGAGUUCCGAGUCCACUCUGCGACGCCCUCUCGAGCCUCUAGAUCUGAGCUAUUAGGCCCAGCACUCGGGACCACGAGACAGGCACCAGCAUGGGCGCCGCGGUGGCGAAGGCGCUCGAAGUCAUCGCCGACGCGCCGGGGACGCUAGCGGAGGCUCGGCUCGCCGUCGCCGCGCACGCCGUGCUCCGCUCCCCCGGCGCCGACGCCGACAUAUGGGACGCGGAGGCGACCUGCGUCAACAGAAGCCUCCUCUCGGCGGUCGACGAGAUCCUCCAACUCAAGGAGACCCACGCGUUCCCCACGGCCUCCCCGGCUCGCCGCCGCAUGGACGGCGCCCUCGGCGUCGCCAUGUCGCGCCUCAUAGACGAGUUCCUCCUCCUCAGGGUCUGGGACGCUUCCCAGCUGGAGGGCAAGGACGGCCUCCGCGUCGCCGUCGAGAAGCUCUCAGUAUCGUUGGCUCCAGGUGGUAGCGGCGUGUGGCCCGCCUUCCCCACCGGCGGCACCACCAGCACCGGUGAGCUCAGCGUGACCACCACCGACGAGCUCCGCGCGUCCGGCAGGAGCCUCUCGAGCUGGCCUGACAACGCGCUGACCACCUCCGUGGAUGGCACCUUCUCGGAUGACCUCCAUCUGAUCUGCCCGGCAAGCUUGCCUGUCCUCCAUGAGAUCGCGACGCGGGUCAUUCGUGCCGGGUACACAAAAGAGUUGCUCCAAACAUUCACCAAUGCCCCCUGCCAUGUUUUAGACAGGUUCUUGUCAAUCCUUCAGCUGGACCGGCCUUUCUUGGCGGCCAACAGAAUCAACUUCGAGGACGCCGAGUGGUGGACAGCGGAGGACAUGGUAAAGCGGUGGAUCUUGGCGACCAAGCUCGUCGGGAAGGCCCUCGCCGUUAUGCAAAGGCAGCUCAUGGCGCAGAAAUGCGGAGCCUUCGAUAGGUUCAAGGACGACUACUUCAUGGCCAUCGCGAAGCAGAGCAUCCUCGUCUUGCUCAAGUUCGCGGACGGGUUCACCAGCACCAGAUCACCGGAGAAGCUCAUCUAUGUACUGGAAUUGUACGGGGCACUAGGCAGCUCUGCUCCUGGCCUCCUGCCCCUUUUUACCGGGAAGCACGGCGAGCUCAUCACCCGGCAGGUGCCCGUCGUUCUCGCCAAGCUGGAGCGCGCGCUGAGGGCCGCGAUCGGCGGCCUCAUCGCCAAGAUCCGAACAGACUCUUCUCGGGCAGAAGGCGUCGGCGUUCAUCCGCUGGCGCGGUACGCCAUGACCAGCGUCGAGCUGCUGGCGCCGCACCGCGUGGCGCUGGACCUGAUCCUCGCGAACGCCGGCGAAGAUGAACGCGGACCUGAUCCUGCCGGCGGAGCCGAGGGCGCGACGUCGUUUCGCAGCCUCGUGUCGGAGCUGAUCUUCGGCAUGGAACGCAACCUCGAGGGGAAAUCCGCGCUCGCCUGCGCGGGCGGCUCGCCGUCGCACCACCUCUUCCUGGCCAACAACACAGGGUUCGUGCUGACCCGCGCCGCGGACGCCGGCGUCGCGUCUCUGCUCGGGGACGAGUGGGCCGCGCGGCGUCGGGGCCGACUCGAGCAGCACGCGGCUAGCUACCUCGAGGCCUCCUGGGGCCCGGUCGUCGCGCGCCUAGAGGCGGCCGUGGGUGGCGGCGGCAAGCCGGGGAGAGCGCUCGCGAAAUUCAACGCCGCGUUCGAGGAGGCGCACGGCAGCCAGGCGUGCCGUGAGGUCCCGGAUCCUGCGCUCCGGGCGGCCAUGCGGAAGGCCGUGUCGGAGAUGGUGGUUCCUGCUUACAGCGCGUUCCUGCAGAAGCACCCCAAGCUUGGAAAAUCCGCCAGGUACACGGCUGACGAUGUGGCCGAAUCGCUAUCGGAAUUGUUCGAAGGAGAUGCUGCGGAUGGCCGAAAAUCGUAGCCCAAAUAGGUCGUGCCGGUAAGAUUGACACCAUGUACGAGCUCAUGUACAUUUCACCCUGAAGCCUGAAUGCAUGCGUUGUCACACAGAGUUAUCGUCGAGAUCGAGCUGCUUUGAUACUGGUGUGCUGCAUGAAUCUGUCAGAUAAAUUUUAUCCCUCUCGAGAUCUGCAUGAA